GCUGAGCUCGGCUCAUCGCACUUGCUGCAACACGUCUUGUCAACCUCGCACUUUACGCGUGAACCAGGGAGACAGUGAUAGUGAAAGGGGUUGGAGUAGCUGGAUGUAAAGGGUACAGGAUCGACAUUUUAAAUUGUGCAGAUCCGUGGAUUUAAGGCAAGCCAAUAAAAGUGGACGUUGAAGUGAAAUUGAUGUUGCAAUCGGGAACUCUUCCCUCAACAUGAGGGGCCGUCAAUGAUACGGGUAUUGAACAAACCUGUUGCGAAGUUCAAUGUCCUUGUUCUAAGUCUUGGGUGAGAGCACUCGGCGCAAUUACGCACGGCAUCAUUAUGGUUUUAUUUUUGGAUAGACGUGUCCCUGCUUUGUUCCUACUUUGGGGCUACUGCGUUUUUGCGGACACGGUCUUUUCGAACUUUACCCUGGACAACGAGGUCCACUCCAGUUUCAUCCACCGGCGGCUGAAGAGCCAGGAGCGCCGGGAGAUGCAGCGGGAAAUCCUCUCGAUCCUCGGGCUACCGCACCGGCCACGGCCGCAUCUCCACGGGAAGCACAACGCGGCACCGAUGUUCAUGCUGGACCUGUACAAUGCCAUGUCCACGGAGGGGAAAGAGGAUGGGUACUCCUACCCAUACAAACCCAUCUUCACCACCCAGGGGCCGCCGAUAGCCACUCUUCAGGACAACAACUUCCUAAACGACGCAGACAUGGUUAUGAGCUUUGUCAAUUUAGUGGAACACGAUUCAGAGCUCCUACCCGUCCGGCGGCACCACCGAGAGUUCCGUUUCGACCUAUCACGUAUUCCUGAGGGGGAAGCGGUCACCACUGCAGAGUUCCGCAUCUAUAAGGACUUCAUCCACGAACGCUUUGACAAUGAAACCUUCCGCAUCAGUGUCUACCAGGUGCUGGAGGAACACAUUGACAGGGAGUCAGACCUGCUUCUGUUGGACUCGAGGGUCAUCUGGGCGGCUGAGGACGGCUGGCUGGUGUUUGACUUGACAGUGACCAGUAACCAAUGGGUCUUGAACCCUGGACACAACCUGGGCCUACAGCUGGCUCUGGAGAGCACUGACGGUGUGAGUGUGAACCCGCGGUUGGCAGGGCUGAUCGGCCGCAGUGGUCCUCAGAAUAAACAGCCCUUCAUGGUGGCCUUCUUCAAAGCCACCGAGGUGCACCUGCGCAGCAUCCGCUCAGCAACAGGGGGCACCAAACAACGCAACCCCAACCGCUCCAAAGGGGCCAACAAGGGCCAGGAGGCACUCCGAGUGGCCAACAUUGCAGAGAACAGCAGUGCUGAUCAGAAGCAGGCGUGUAAGAAACACGAGCUCUACGUCAGCUUCAGAGAUCUGGGGUGGCAGGACUGGAUCAUAGCUCCAGAGGGCUAUGCAGCAUACUACUGUGAGGGAGAGUGUGCCUUCCCUCUCAACUCCUAUAUGAACGCCACAAACCAUGCCAUCGUGCAGACACUAGUCCAUCUAAUAAACCCAGACACCAUUCCUAAGCCCUGCUGUGCCCCAACCCAGCUCCAUGCCAUCUCGGUGCUCUACUUUGACGACAGCUCCAACGUCAUCCUCAAGAAGUACCGCAAUAUGGUGGUCAGAGCUUGUGGCUGCCAUUAGACUACAGCCAACCUCUCAACACACACACACACACACACACACACACACACACACACACACACACACACUCACGCACACAUCUAAAUAUCCCUCAACGCAGGUCACUUUCAUCGAGACUCUAGACUUUCUUCCCCAGAUACACCUGAAUGGACACAUGAAUGGACUGCAUUUCCCAGAGUGCCUUGCUGAGCUCCUGGACGGGAGCUACAUGAGGACCGGGCAGACAAUCAUGCUUAUUGAGUUCAACAUGGACACACACACACACAUACUUCCUGUGCUUUCUACUGUGUAUGAGACAUUUUAAACAGUGAUUGUAUAGUAAUACACAGUCAACAAUCUUUUGUUCAUUUAACUGUUUUUUUAUUGUAUUUCACUCUGUUUUUCUAGAUAUUUUUGAUCAAUUACGUAUUUGUAUGUUUUUUUUAUGACUGAAAGGCUAUAGGAAGUGUGGAUGCUCUAUGGACUCUUCAUGGACCAUACUGUGUAAAUAGUUUUUUAAACAAAGAGAAGUGUAUUUAUUUCCUGGUCUUGGGCAUGUUAAGGGUUUUUCUCCUUUGUGUCUCUCUCUCUCUCUCUCUCUCUCUCUCUCUCUCUCUCUCUCUCUCUCUCUCUCUCUCUCGCUCUUUCUCUCUCUCUCUUCCUCCUCUGUUUCUCACCAUGCUAGCUCAGAGAUUUGUUUUUCCUGCACAGUUAGCAGUGCUGAAUCUAUCAUCAGUAUGGACCUAUCACUACAGCCUUGUCAUGGGGAAUAACUCAGCCUGUUCCUCUCCUUAUUCCAAACAUUGUCUUAAGGACAUAAAAGUUAUUUUCAGAAUGAAAAUACAUUCAUAUACUGUAGCUCUUUUUAUAAACUAGACUUUGACUUGAAUGUUUUUUUUUACAAUAAAAAGCAAUAAUACAGAGAGUGUUUCAGAAAAACAAAAGGAAAAGAAAGAUUGGGGAAUGAAAGAGAGAGAGAGAGAGAGAUUGUGUCUAGGGUGUUUGUGUGUGUGUGUACAUGUGUACCAUUACCUUGAGCACCACGAGUCUGUUGUGUUUUAGGAUGGUCUGUCGUUUUAUCCUCUGCUGUAAAGGCUGAUGUCUAUCUCUUCCUUAUUUAAGAGGACUAUUUAUUGAGAGCCGAGGCUGGUACUCUCUGCCAACGCAACAGUCUUUGUUUUACUGCAAAACUGGUUUAAUAAAAUCGGAGAAGCAUCA